GUAGGAAUCAAAUGGCUUCCAAGAUUGAGAAUCUGACCUAAGGAGGCAGCUUUAUAUAAGACUUGAAUUGUUGACCUCCACUGGGCCUCAUCAUGAUACAGGGUAUUUUCUACGCCCGGUUUCUGCCCGAGGAAGGAACAAGAGUCGUUCACCAAAGCCCACCAGGAUGCAUUGUUCCAGAGCCAGAUAUUGACAAGCCUCGCCUGUUUGACUUCGAGACAAUAUCCGAGUACAUCAUCCCGCGACAGGCGUUUUGCAACCGCUAUGUCACAAUCUGUGAGCCCGAAAACAAAUACCGCAUCCUUGGACACCCGGUCUGCAUCGACAACGAGAAGUACAAGCGUAAUGAGUUCAUGUUCAACUUUUGUAUCGUCAUCGGCACCGAGGUUGACAAGAUCCCGUACGAAGCGGUGGUCCGACGCUUGGCGAGUACUUUCACCGAGAUGGAGAUUCAGAAUCAGUUCUUGAGUGAGGAAGGCAUCUCGAAUUCUCAGGAUCGUCGCUCAAUUGCCGCGCUGAUUGAGAUCAUCAAGGAGGAUCUCAAUAACUACAAUGAGUGCAUGAUUCCUGUUGACGAUGCCAAUACUAUAAAUAUGAAGCUCUUUCCAGUCCACAAGCACCCGCCCCCUGUCAAGUCAUGGCAUGUUCCAAUCUCCAAGAUCAAAUUCACCGACAUCAUGGACGACACCUGGGAUCUCACCAUGAGAAAAGUCAUCCACCACAUCGACGGGAUCAAAGACGUGCGGCGCAUUGCGCACGACGCGGACGUUGCUCUCAGCCUGACCAAGAUCGCCCUCCAACACCUCUUAUACUACGACUCGAUCCUAAUGCUCGAUCUCUUCCUCUUCGGCAACAUCUACGCCCCGACUCCGGAAAUCAACGAUUUCAUCGCCGAUAAAGAUGGCCUGCAAAAUGAGUGCGCCAAUUACGUGUACAUCAACGGGCCCCGCCUUCCCAAUUUCUACCUCUGCCGUCUCUUCACCUCCCUCUGCACUAGCCGUACCAUCAAGGAAUGGCUUAAGAUGCAUAUGGAUCAAGGCUUCCCGGUCUUCAAUUACAUCGAUGUCCGGCGCUUCAUCCAGUUCGGGGUAAUCAAGGGGCUGAUAUACCGAGUUCAUAAAUAUGCAGUCUCGUCUCAGUAUAUAGCUUCGUUGGUAAGUGGACAGAGCAUGCCGGUCGAGGGCGGAGAUGUCCUGCAGAAGUACACGGAUGGCUGUCAUUGCUUUGAUCAGAUCAUAACGGAGAAGAACAUGGCAGAUUCUAAGAUCAUGGAGCGCCUGAGAAAAUUCCCCAAGGGAGAUGUGGAGAUUAUCUAUCGGUGAUGGGCUAUGGCUUGGGGUUGGCGUUUGGGAAGGGUGCGUUUUGGGGCUAAAAAUGAUAUCCCUUUUGGUUCGGCGUCUGAGCAAUUUGAAAAAGUACUACUAUGAAUUGUAAUUGGAUAUGGAUAAAUUGACAGGUAAUACCAAAAAAAAAGUAUUCUCUCCG